UCAAAAGUGUAAAUGUAUUGACUAACGAUAAAUUGUUCGUAUUUUGCGCGAAUUUUUUUAGAUCGACCUCAUUUUGUAGUGCAUUGAACUACGUUAGCCUGUGACAGCAAAAUCGUUACGAUAUCAGUGUAAAUUGUGGUCCUGUGAUUGGUGUUUGUGUCCUACUAAACAAGUAAAAAAAAUGCUGCCUCUACUUAUGUUCCUGUUCGUCACUACAACACUAGCCAACGACUGCUCAUAUAAAUUUCAUCGAAUGAACUAUUCUAGAUCGGCAAUACUAACCAUAAAAGGUUUACCGACAAACCUUGAAUUUAAUUCUUUAACAAAAGAUCUAUAUUUCACGUUAAUUGACGUAGAUACUCUACAAAACGAUGAUGUACAGACUAAAAUGGAUCAAUACAUUCUGAGAAAUGGUGAACCAAUAAAAAUUGAAAAUGUCAACGGUCAAGCCGCAGCCGUGGAUUACGAUAAUGACAAAGUAUACAUUGCAAGUGAUGAUGGACUGCAUGUAUUAAACAAAACGGGUAGAGCCAACUUUGUAGCGAUGAAAGAUGAAGACAUUGUCCAGCUGUUUAAACCACGACAUUCAGAUAAUGUCUACGCGGUGUUCUACCCUCACAACGAAGUCUUUAAAUUUAACUUAACAAGUCAGGAAAAAGAAAGGGUUGCAAAUGUCCCGUGUGCGUACAUAUUAGCAGUAGAUGGUGACGAUAAUAUUUACUAUGAAUGCGAUUCUAAGUACGUGAGAGUUUUGUUGAAAGGUUUUCAAGAAUCGAUAGAAUUCAUGGGCAUGCCAAAGAACUCUGCUCGGGCGAUUACGACUAACGAUGACAGCGAUGUCGUGUUAGCAGCAAACGAUGGAUUGUAUUGGUUAAGGCCGGAUAAUAUAAUUCCUAAGAAAAUGAUGGAUUUAGACUUUAUUCCGUCUGGCAUAGCUUUUAACGGUGACAGCUUUUACAUAUCAACGACUGACGUGAUUUACAAAUAUGAAAUGUGCCAAUAAUUAAAUACAACCACAUUGUGAUUCAAAA